AUGCGUAUGUCCCAGCAGUUUGUAGAUCUCCCAUCAACUGUUCAUGUGGGUAACAUCGGCAAACGUUUUCGCUCUUUUGCAAACGAACAUGCCGAUAUUCCAUUCUUAGUAGUUACUGAAUAUUUCCGAAAAAUCUUCCGGGUAUUGGCCAGACCCUUCUGGGAUUGCGGUGCAAUAGCUGAUGCUGGUAAAGUGGAGUUAAUACGCACAACAUGCGAAGUGUUAGUUGUCAAAGAAAUACUACGUCGACCAACCUUCAUCGACCAAAAACGAUCGAGGACAAAAAUCAAUCGGCUUACGGCGAUCCACCGGCUCGAAGCCGGACCCGAUAGUGCUUCGGACACCACCGGAAAAACUAAAGUCUUGAAACUACCCGAUUCCGGUAAUACCAGACUACACUUGGGUCCAGUCUUCGCCAAGUGGACAUGCCGGACCACAGCGCAAAAAGCGAAUCAGCACAAGGCCCACUCGUGCGUGAAACGUAUUCCGAGCUGGUUUGACGCAGAGAAUCACUAA